GUGACGUUAUGUCACGUGACGCUAACCGUUUCGGACCGGAAGAGGCUUCAUUGUGAAAUCUUUCACGGCGUAUGAGCACAUACAGCUGAGACGUCUCCGGAGCCGGACGGGAAGAGAAAUGGACAGCGGUUUGUGCCCAACUGGUGACGCUGCGCUGGACCAGGCGCUCACACAGUGGCUGCUGUAUGACAAGAAUCCCAAAACAGUAGCUUUGGUUCAGGACCUGGUGAAGGAAGGAGCAGUGGAAACCUUGAAGAAAUGUUUUUCCUCCAGGAUGGAGUUUGGUACAGCAGGUCUGAGAGCAGUUAUGGGCCCGGGCAUAUCCUGCAUGAACGACCUCACUAUUAUCCAGACCACACAGGGUUUCUGUCAGUACCUAGAGGACAGUUUUGGGAACCUAAAGGAACGGGGUGUGGUGAUUGGGUAUGAUGCCAGGGCCCACCCAGCCAGCGGAGGCAGCAGUAAGCGCUUUGCCAGCCUGGCUGCAGCGGUUUUCAUCAGCCGAGGGGUUCCUGUCCACCUCUUCUCUGACAUCACCCCAACACCAUUUGUGCCUUUUGCAGUUUCUCACCUGAGUCUGUGUGCUGGUAUCAUGGUGACUGCUUCUCACAACCCCAAACAGGACAAUGGCUACAAGGUGUACUGGGAAAACGGUGCACAGAUUGUUUCUCCUCAUGACAAAGGAAUCUCCAAAGCCAUUGAAGAGAACCUCGAGCCUUGGCCCGAAUCCUGGAACACGGAGGACGCUUUAAAGAACCCCUUGCAUAACGAUCCCUACGCGGUCAUCCACUCAGAAUAUUUUAAAGCCAUCCAAAAACACUGUCAUCACAGGGAAUUAAACAAGAGGUCAAAUGUGAAAAUUGUGCAUACAUCUGUGCACGGAGUUGGUCACACAUUCGUUCAGGAAGCUUUUAAGGCUUUUAACCUUCACCUGCCGUAUGCCGUAGAGGAGCAGAAAGAUCCAGAUCCGGAAUUUCCUACUGUCAAAUACCCAAAUCCUGAAGAGGGAAAGGGAGUCCUGACUCUGUCAUUUGCACUGGCAGAGAAGGAAGGAGCUGCUGUGGUGUUGGCAAAUGACCCUGAUGCUGAUCGCCUGGCCAUUGCUGAGAAACAAGAGAGUGGACAGUGGCGAGUGUUCAGUGGGAAUGAACUGGGAGCGUUGCUUGGCUGGUGGAUGUUCCGCUGCUGGAAACAGCAAAACCCUGACGAUGCUGCUGUGAAAAACCUCUAUAUGCUGUCAAGCACUGUCUCAUCCAAGAUACUGCGUGCUAUUGCCCUCAAGGAGGGUUUUCAUUUUGAGGAAACACUAACGGGAUUCAAAUGGAUGGGGAACCGGGCCAGCACUCUUUUGGAGCAGGGAAAGAGUGUCCUCUUUGCAUUUGAGGAGGCCAUAGGGUAUAUGUGUAGUCCCUCUGUGUUGGACAAGGAUGGAGUGAGUGCAGCCGCCAUUGCAGGAGAGAUGAUCUCCUAUCUGGACACUAAAAACACUAGCCUUUCUCAGCAGCUCACAGCCAUCUAUGAAGAAUAUGGCUACCACAUCACCAAGAACUCCUACUUUAUCUGCCACGACCAGGAUGUGAUUCUCAGCUUGUUCGAGCGUCUGCGCAACUACAGCGGCCAGAAGGACUCGUAUCCCACUGAAUGUGGCCGUUUCUCCAUCUCCGCUGUCCGAGACUUGACCACUGGCUACGACAGCAACCAACCUGACAACAAGGCUAUUCUUCCCACUUCCAGUUCCAGUCAAAUGAUCACUUUUACCUUCUCUAAUGGAGGUGUGGCCACUAUGAGGACCAGCGGCACUGAGCCCAAAAUCAAAUACUACACUGAGCUCUGUGCUGCCCCUGGUAACAGUGAUGUGAUGCAGCUGAAGAAGGAGCUGGAUGAGCUGGUGGAUGCAAUUGUUGAAAACUUUUUCGAGCCACAGAAGAACAAGUUGCAGCCCAAGCCGGAGUAGCACAGAUGAAGAGGGGCAGUUGUUUUAAUAUCUUGUAACAGCUAUUUUACAUGUCAAAAAUACUAAGAAAGGGACCUCCAGUUUUUUUAAAUUACAUUUUCCACUAGUUUUGUCAGGUAGAUACCACCUUCGAUACUGUACCGUUUUGAGAACUCUGCCUUAAUUUUAAUAAUCUGCAUGGUUAAUGACGACACAUAACCUCUGCUUUAAGUUUACUUUGUAUGUUUUUAUAUUUUGGUUCAGAUCUUGCUUUUACAUCCAGUUGUCAUUCAGAUCAUGAUUUUAAAUUCAGUUAACUUAAGUGCCAGAGAUUUUAAGUCACAGCUGUAAAUUGUUAACCAUUCGUCAGCCACAGUCAUUCCUGGUUCCUCGUUCUCUGAUGUGAACAGAUUGUUGUAUAUUCAUCUGUAUCUAAAAACUGUGAUGUCCUUAACGUCAACUAAAAGACUGCUGAUAUAAACGGAUACUACUUAUACCUCUAACUAAUGUUAAGAACUAGUUUUGAACUUUGAUUGUAUACAUUUAUAACACUGAAGGUUAUUGAAACUUGACAACCUGAUGGGAGCAAGCAUGGCGGUUUAAAGUAAGUUAAUGUCAGACCUUGUUUCUCGUUAAUUAACAGGCAUUCGUGCGAUGUUGACGCGCAUUUACAGUAGCAGCUGUGCCUCUUGUGCUUCUCUUAAUAAAAACGCGCUUGAACACUU